AUGAGUACAACAACGCCAACACCUACAACAACAGCAACACCCGCAUCGCCUUCCUCAUCAUCACAGCAUGAAAAGGAAGCUAUCGAACAACAACCACCAACCACUUUAAAAGAAAUCAAAGCAAAACUCAAGUUAGAGGAAAAGGAAAAAAAGAAAACAUUGGAAGUAAUUGAAAAUUCAAGACUAUUCCGAAGUAGAAGAACUAUUAAUAUUAUCAAGAGUAUUCCACAAAGUAAUAAGGAAAGAACAUGGAAACAAAAAUUAUAUUUAUUAUUGGAACAUCCUAGAUCAUCAUAUGUAGCCAUGAUCAUUACAGUGAUAACGUCACUCAUGACUGUUAUUCAAACCCUAUGUUUAAUUUUGAGAUCUUUUCCAUUCUUUUUCCCAUUCGAAAUCAUGUGGCUGCUUAUUACUGGAUUUUUAUCAGUUUGUUUCAUGCUUGAAUAUUUUGCAAGAAUGGCUGCUUAUGUAAAUACUUGGGGUGAUUUUAGACAUUUUGUUAAAGCUCCUGCCAAUUUAAUUGAUAUUGCUAGUUUCGUUCCAUUUUACUUUGAUUUAAUAAUUUAUAUGGCAGAUGCCAGUACUUGGUUAAAUGUCAAUCUUCAAGUUUUGACAAUUUUCAGAGUUUUAAAACUUUUAAAACUUAUCAAAUUGACAAGAUAUUCUGCUAAAUUUCAAUUGCUUAUUGUUUCAUUGAGAAGAUCUAUGGAUAUGCUCUUAUCAAUCUCUGUUUUAAUAUUUAUGGGUGCUCUUAUUUGUAGUACUCUUGUUUAUUAUGCUGAACGUGGAAAAUAUGAUCUCAAAUCUGGACAAUGGUUAAGACCAGAUGGUACACCUUCACCAUUUUCAAAUAUUUUAAUUUGUAUGUGGUACAGCGUUGUUACCAUUGCUACAGUUGGUUAUGGUGACAUGGCUCCAGUUACAGUUUUGGGAAGAAUUAUUGCUAUCAUGACCAUCUUGUCUGGUAUUGUGAUUGUUGCUUUGCCUUCCAUGGUUAUUGGUGGAAUUUACAGUAAACUUUUGGGUGAAUAUGAAUUAAUGUUGAGUAAGAGAAAAUUGGAAGGUGAUGUAAAUUUUGAAGAUGAAGAAUUUGAUGUCAUUGAUAAUGAUGAUGCCAUUUCACAAGCUCCAAGUGAAGCCCAAUCAAAUGUUGAUUUAAUUUCAUUUGAGUCACAAUCAAUUCCACAAUCAAAUGAUAUUGAAUUGGAUGAUAAACCAACCAUCACCACUGAACCAUCCUACUUUUCUCAACAUUUCAAUACAUUUGAGCCUCAACCAACAAUUGUUACCGAAUAUUCACAACCAUUGCCACCAGCUCGUGAUAUGACUUUGAGAGGAAUUUUUGAUAGACAGAAUAGUAUUAUCAAAUCAUGUUCUAAUCAAUUAAGUGAGAUGAAAAGAUUAGCUCAAACUGUAAGAGCUGUAAAACAAUCUCAAUAA